GUGUGUUUCAAUUAAAACAAAAAAAAAAAAGAACAAACCCAUCAGGGGAGGAUUUCUACGUUAGAGAGAGAGAGAGAUCAACGGAGGAAGAAGAAGGAGAAGAGAAAAAAAAGAAAAAUUAGGGCUAAUCUUGAAUUGAAGUUAAUUAGGUGAUGAGUCGGUGAAUCAAGAAGCACCGAAACCAUAAUUGUACUUUCUUUUGGAGUACGAGCGCUAUUACAUUCUUGGCCUGAGUUGACAAGAAAGAUUGACAAAUUCUAUUUAUUUCGGUGGGUUGCUUAUGUGGUGGUUCGGUGGGUUGCUUAUGUGGUGGUUCGGUGGUGCUCGGCAUUUUCAUGCUUCAAGCAGACAGGGGCUCAUUUUGGAUCAAUACUUCAAAGAAAGAAUUGGAAAGCUCAAAGGCAUCGACGCUCGACGGGCCCAACACUUCUUGACCUAAAAGGAUUCUUGUUGUACAAGCAAUCCUUUAAUUCCCAAAUUUCCGAUUUACCCCAAAAAAAAAAAAAAAAAACGUCCUUUGUAUUCCAUUCUUUACAUAUCUCUCUCUCCGUCUCUCCCUCUUCUGUCUCCGAUCACAAUGUUUCCAAUGGAAAACAUCACGGGAGUAUCCAUCCUUUGGUUAUCCGGAGGGAAAAGAUUCCGUAUCAUUCUAAAUCACCCAGAUGAAGAUCAAGAAGCCGAACCCGAAAACGAAGAAGUAUUCAAAGAAGAAGUUGAAGAAGACACAGACAUAUUGUCCGUAUUACUCAAAGAUCCCCGCUUCCUCCACUCGAUUUUCUCGGCCGCACCUAAUAUCCAAGACUUGCGACGGAAAAAGAUCAAAUCUUUUCCAAACCCACAACCUCAAGAUUUGAAGAAGAAAGGCCUUGACUGUUCGGUGACUUACACACACGGACCUCCACACGGGAAUUACAAAAAGGGUCAGUGCUCGUACGUAAUCUGCGUGAUUUGCAGUGACCAUGUUCCACAUGGAGUAGAAAUCAAAAGCACCCAAUGCGGCCACGCGUAUUGCAGAGAAUGCUUUCCCGUUUACCUAAUCGAGAAAAUCCAAGAAGAUGCUUCUAAGGUGAAGUGUCCUGUUUCAAAGUGUGAGACUCUGUUUACACCCAAAUCUGUUCGCGGGUUCAUACCGGAACAGGUGUUUGAUCGAUGGAUCCGUUGGUUAACCGAGUCUUCGGUGCUGGCCCAGCCGAUUCACAUCCGGUGCCCGUUCGAGUGGUGUGGGAAGAGGUUUGUGGACGAUGAGAGAGGGUUUCUGAUAAGGGCUUGUCCCAAUUGCUGGAGGCUGUUUUGUAUGAAGUGUAGGGUGGGUUGGCAUAUGGGGAAAAGUUGUGCGCAGUAUAAGUUCGAGGAGGAGUUGGAGAGGCAGUUGUUGUGGGGGGAGCGGCGGAGAGGAGGGUGGUCUGAUUUUGGGGGUAGCAGGAUUUUCAUAAUUAAUUGAUCAGGAGAUCAGAGUCUUCGACUUCACAUUCAUUAAGGUUUGGUUAAUCAUGUUUUUUUUUUCUUUUUUUUCUUUUUGGGGGACUGUUCAACUCUAAUCAUGCAUAUGUUGAACUCUAAUAUUCUUGAAUUUGUGUUACAAGCA